UCUCUCACUCUGUCCUUGGUCGAUGCUGUGAGUUCCUCCUCUCCGUAUUCGGAGGGUUGAGCACAGGAUUCUCUCUGCCUUCCUCAGUCUGCAAUCAGAAACACACGCGCACACAGACAGACGCAGCAGCUAUGAGCACAGAAGAUGUGGUGUGCACAGGAUGGCUCAUAAAAUCCCCUCCGGAGAGAAAGCUAAAGAGAUUUUCAUGGCGAAAGCGAUGGUUUGUUUUGCGGAGGGGUCGGAUGAGCGGGAAUCCGGAUGUUUUGGAAUAUUACCGUAGCAAGAGCUCCCGAAAACCCAUCAGAAGCAUUGACCUGCAGGAGUGUGAGGUCACCAUCGAGGCAGAGGUGCGGCCCACUAAACGCCAGUACCAGAAUCAGCACCUGUUUGUGGUCAAGACCACCACGCGCAUCUUUUACCUGCUGGCCAAAACAGCAGAAGAGAUGAAUAUCUGGGUACAGAACAUUGGACAGAUUUGCAUGUUUGGAGGACUGAACAGACAUACAGAAUCAAUGGACAGUCUUAAUCGCACUUCCUCUUCCCAGCAGCCCUCUCCUGCACCCUCUCCUCAUGUUUCUCUCGUGGCCAAUCAGGACACAGUUACCGUCGAAAACCACGAUGUCCUAGACAGGGCCAGCGAAUCAGAGAUCAGUCCUCCACUCGACUACCUCUUUCUCUCUCAGUGUGAAACCGGCACGAAGAGCAACGUCAGGUCUAACAGCAUCUCUAACUCUGAACGCUCCUUUGAGCAGAGCUCGUCUGAGUACACAGAGGAUGUGUUUAGCCCCACCCCACGUAUUGACUCCUCCCCCUCCUCUUUCCUUUUGGGUGGGAUGUGUGAGCCCCCAUUCAGUGCCCCCAGUGGGCCGCUCUCUCUCUCUUCCUCCCAUUCGUCCUGCCUCUCGUCUCCCAUGUCUCUACGCCGGCCACAGGACAUUUUCAGAUUCGACAGGCCCUUCUACGGUACAUCAGACCCACAGACCCCUCCUCCCCUCCCACCCAAACCUACACACCUGUCCGAUCAUCAUGGUAAUGAGGAUACGGGCUGUAAUCAGCCACAACCUGCUCUCCUCCCUCGCAGGACGUCACUUUCAGGAAUAGACCACUUUAAGAGAGUAGAGUAUGACAAUGCUGGAAGAAACUGGAACAAACGUCUAAGCCUCAACUUGCCAAUAUUUCUGAAUCCCACAGUUACUGAAAACCACUCUGAGGAUUCAUAUGUGCCCAUGGCCUCCCCACCGAUCGGCUCCUCUGAUGUGACUUCAGACGGAUACAUACCCAUGAGCCCCUCCACCCUCCCCAUCUCCCUUCUCACUAACGGCAAAACAGAACUGCCUUCGCCUUCCAAUUCUGACCUUGAGCCUCCUCCAGUCGACCGCAACCUUAAACCAAGAAUACGGGCUCGACCGCCUCCUUUAGACCUGCGGGGUCUGUCCACAAUUUCUGAAUGUCCUUUCCACGUUCCCCUCACACGCACAAUGACAGAACCCAGCACAUCACUUCAGUCUGUUCCUCUGGACAGGCGGCGGGGAUGGGGCCUAAACGGCUCUGAACAGGAAGGGAGCAUCACGCCAACGGAAUCUCGGCUCUUGUUCCCAGCUUGUGAAUCUGCUCCCUGGAUGAGGCCGUCUCAGCUGGAUUACUUGUCACUUGACUUUAAUUCUGCCUCCCCCUCACCUGUUCAGAAGAAAGCGCUGCUGGCAGACGAGUACAGGGUGGAUUACGUGAAGGUAGACGAGAAGAAGACACAGGCUUUACAAAACACCAAGUUGGAGUGGAAGGAUGUCCGUCAGUCAAAAGCCUAAGCCUUCUGGGGCGGGAAAUAAUCCAUUUAAAUUAUUACAUGGUUCAAAACUUGACUUGUUUUCAUCUCCUACAAUUUCAGGUACAUGUUGGUUUUUUACACUGUUAUAAAAGGAGCCAGUACAGAGCUGGAUAAGAAACCUUCUGAAAUAAAAUGACAUAUGAUUCAGGAAAUUAUUCCAGAAUAAAAGACCUCCAACACACUGAUUCAAGAAUAAAGCUUUGUUUUGUAGUUCUUUAACCGGGAAGAGAAUUAGCAUAUCCUAUUAAUUUUGGUUUAUGAGUAAAGUAAAAUAUGCAGUUGAUGUUAAUUGGAUCAUAAAUUAUAUACAGCCAUACCCCAAAUGUGAAUGUUUUUUUUUUUUUUUUAAACAAAUUGAUAGUAUGUACUAAAAAGUGCUAAACUACCAUAAGGAUGUGAGUUCAUAUGUAUUAUAAAGGUCCUAGUCCUAAUUUGUUAGCUGCAUAAACUAUUUUUCAGAAAGUUGGGUUUGGUAAGAUUUGUAAUGCUUUUGAAAGAAAAUUCUUCUGCUCACCAAGCCUGCAAAAAAAAUAUUAAAAAUACGAGUACAGUUUAAAGUAACUGUUUACUUUCUGAAUAUGUUUGGUAAUAUGUGACAUAAUCAGGAUUUUCAGGAUUCGUUGAUGAAAAGAACUUGAUGAUUUAAAAGUUUCUAUCCAUCUUUUUUAACAUUAUAAAGGUCUUAACCAUUACUUUUGAGCAAUUUAAUAUAUCCUUGCUGAAAAAAAAACUAUUAUUCUUUUAAAAUAUAUAUAUAUUUUUGAAUGACAGUGUAUGUUUUUUUUUUCAAAGCCGCAGCCACUUUGAAAUUCAUAUUUAAUAUGACGGUGUGUAAUUUAUUGAAAAGCAUAGAAUUCUCUUCACCGACCUUAAUUACUACUACUACUUAAAUUUGUUCUAAAACUGAAUUGGUAGUGAAAUGCUAACAGCAUUAAUUUCAUGUAAAAACAAUACAGUAUGUCACCAAAGCUUGAAUUUGUUUACCAGAGCACAAAUCUUUCUACCAGAAAUUAUUUAUAAAAUUCACAUGAAUCUUUGAUCAUUUAUUUAAUUAACUUGGAAAAAAGUGACUGAGUUGCACUCCCUGGAAUAUUAUUUUGAAAUAAUUCCCUGAAUAUAACGGCACACUGAUGCCACAUUGCCUCCUUGUGAAUUCUGAAAUAAUGUUUUCUAAGGUGUCACAAAGAUAUUAUGAAUGUUACAUAUUUAUGACGUGUACAAUCACUGAAGAUUGAAAAAAAAAAAAAACAAUUCUACUGAUGAAUGUGUUUCUUGCACACCUUCGAGAUCAUGUUCGAUGAGAGUCAGACCACUGUAGACCACUGGAACCACACACUGUGAUUGGAUGCAAGAACAAAACUAUGAAGGAGUUGAAUGUUUUGUAGAAGGGAAAUCUGCCUUUGCUUUUUAAGGAUUGAAUCCUGUGUGAAUAUUGAAUGUUGAACAUGUUAGACUACUGUCAGAUUAAUGACCUAACAGGGAUAUGAAGGUCUGCAAAUAUUUAUCGGAAUGUAUUUUUCCCAUCGACCUUUCACGAUUAUGAGGCAUUACGAAUGUAUUUCUGUUUUAAGUUGUAGAUUUUUUGUGCCAUGUCAUGCUGUGCUUAUAUGCCACUGUUCUUUUAUGGUGGUCAGAUUUUGCUGUACUGACGAGAGCACAAAAAUCUCAUGGGAAACUAUCACUGUGACAUCAACAGUUUCCUGCCAAUCUUGAUUUUCGCUUUAUGUUUCACGAAGAAAUGUAAUACACGAGUGAGAGAGAAAGAUCGAGUGACUGAAAGAGAGAGAGUGUCUGUGUGUUUUGCUGAAAUUCAGAGACCUUACUAACCUGUGUGAAUUAAUGGAUGUUUAUCCGUCAGCAGGUAAAUUAUUGUGAUGCAUAAUGAACACAUGAAAUCACUUUAAAACAAUUCAGCUCAAUAAACUGAAAACAAAAAACC